CGUGACAAUAUUUGUUUUUUCAAAACACUAUCAAAAACCUAGUGAAAACCUCACGUCAAGUCAAGACCCAUCCAAAUUAUCAGAAUAUCAAGAUGUACUCUAUUCUACCUGUUCUAUAUGUUUUUUCACAUGAGAAUAGUAAAAGGAUUGUUGUAUUUCGAAAGAUUUCUAGAAACCCUUUCGAAAACCAAAGUAGUUUUUAUUGACUUGUAUAGCUUUUAUUGGGUUACAUCAUAUAAUGCAGGUAGAAUAGAGUACAUCUUGAUAUUCUGACGUAAUUUGGAUGGGUCUUGACUUGACGUGAGGUUUUCACUAGGUUUUUGAUAGUGUUUUGAAAAACAAAUAUUGUCACGAGAUUUAGCGUGGUUGAUUACCGAUGUUUCCAUUUAUUUUCGGUAUUGCGACACCUAAAGAAAUAUUGAUUCUGGGACUCUCAGGAAAUUCGAUGCCACGCCUGAACUGGAAAAAAUUAAGGGUUUGCUUAGUUCCCAUUUUGCAGAGAAUACGUUGGACUAUCUAUCUAUGAAGAAAGAUCGACCUAUUUCUAUGUCAGUUCUCCGAGAUCCAAAGCGGUUUUCCAAAGAUCUGCUCAAAAUCCGGUCUUUGAGUUUUUUCAAAAAUCAUUGCUACUUGUGUGGGCAGAUGCGUACAGGUUUUGGCUAUUCAAAACUGAAAAUCGCAAGCCUCUAUCUUCUUCCGCUCCAGAGUUAUUCAAAAAGCAACCGCCUGCCUUGUAUUUUGGAUAGUAGUAAACAACAUGGUGGAAGUGGGAUUGAAGUACAUUACGUAUUUCAGUGUCACACGAACAUUAAAGAUAUCGACAGCGAGCCACUGGCUUUACGCGAUAGUGAAACGCUUGAAUGGAAUCACUCUCACUUCAUAAUGUUCGAUAAUGGUGAGAUGAAAGUUUAUCUGAGUGAUUCACAACGAUCUCAAUUUGUGCAAGCUGCCGUCGACGAUCCAAAUCACUGUAUGUUAGAGUCGGAAGAGAGUCAGUCGGCACUUCUGAAACUAGCCGUUGUGUGGAACUGUCUUGAUGGAGCUAAAAAAAUAAUUGAUGGGAAGCGACAACGAGACAAAGACACUCUCGCCAGACAAAGUGUACAGCAUGAUCAGGCAGACAACGUCGUCAUUGUUCAGCCAAAUGUAGUCACAAAUGCUGACUACUAUCCUGAUUUGUUCGAGCUAGCGCUCAAACAAAAAAAGCCAACAUUCGUCGAUUAUUUUCUUCGGCUUCAUGUUGAUCCUCGUACGUCGUGUCUCAAAAGUGGAAUAUUGAAAUGGUACAAUGAACAACCACCGCGCACAUUUAAAGAGUUGAACAAUGUUUAUUUCGAAUGGAUUGGCUCAUUUAUGGAAGAACUCUAUGUUACUAAUACAAAAAAACGCCACAAAACUUUACGACGAGCCGUAAAUGAUCUAUCAGACGCUUGCUCAAGUUUGCGGAAAAAAUUCUUCACUUGUCAUCCUCAUGACACUGUGGAUUAUACUGAACUCGGCAAGAUUCUCAACCACGGUAAUGAGCUAACAUCGAACCAUGAGGAGACCGAGAUUAGCGAGUGGAUCAAUCACCGACAAGAAAAGUACACCGAAGAACAGAUGCUGCGAGACUUGUUUCUGUGGGCGUUAUUCACAACUGAAAUCGAGUUGGCCAAAGUGUUUAUGUUACACCUGAAACCUCGAUUGUGUGCUGCACUCAUUGCAACAAGAAUCUAUAAACAUUUUGCGGAAAAAGCAUCGAAUGCAUUUUCGAAAGAAAAACUGAUUGAACAAGCACUGGAAUUUGAACUAUAUGCCACAAGUUGCGUUGAAACAUGCUACGCGUACAAUGAGAAGUUAACCUGUGAAUUACUGAUUCGAGAAGUGCCACUGUUUGGCAAUGUGACAUGUAUGCAGGUGGCUGUUGCUGCAGAAUGUGCCAAGUUUUUUGCCACACCGUGUGUGGAUGAGUUAUUAAAUCAGAUUUGGUAUGAUAAGUUAGCCAUGGCAAAUGUGAACGUGUCAGCUAAGCCGAUUAUUCUCGUGAACCUGAUUACACUUGGCUUUCUUGCACCAUGUUGGGUAUCGUACCGCAAGAGAGAAGUGGAAACGCAGUAUGUGUCUAUUGACGAGCUGUGUUCAAAAAUGAUAGCUGUCGAUAAGGAAAAAGCGAACGACAAGUGGAAUGAGUUCGAGCAGGCGGCGACGUAUACUUUUGCCAAGUCUAAAGCAGAAAAAGAAAAACCACCGGAAAUAUCACCUGGCGAUGGUACAGUGAUGCGGUUAGCUUUAAACGAAUUAAAACUAAAAACAAUAACUGUUAUACUGAGCUAUGUAUUUAGAAACGAGCAGGCCGCUGAAGAAAUUGUUGACACGAAUCAGAGUAAUAUGAAUGAAACACUAAAAGUGAUGCAGUUUGAGUUACAGAAACUGAAUACAAGUACAACAACAGCACCCACGCCGAAAGUGACUCCUGAUGUAUAUUCAAAUGGCUCCUGUGUGCCAAGUGAAACAUUGAAUGAUAUUCGAGAAAGCAUUAGAGCUUUGAACGAAAAAGUUGGAAAUUUAUUUUCAGAAAUUGAAAAAUUAUCGGAGAAAGUGCAACAGAAAAAUGUUGAAACAGAAUCAAAUGAUCGAUAG